AUGAAAAGGCCGGAAUUUAGCCUAGAUUCAUUAAAAAAGAACCGAACAAAAAAUAAAAAUAAUUCGAAUUAUGAAAAUUUUAGUGCUCAUCAUUUUUUAAAAAUCCCAAUUUUUAUUAUAUUAAUAAUAGCAUUUGCUUUAAAUGCUUUUAUAUAUUUAUUAAUUCGGUUUUUUAUUUAUAUUUUUGAAAAUACGUCUUUUUUUAUAGUAACAACAUGUAUAGACGUGCGCAGAUAUAUAUCAAAUAAAAAAAGAAAAGUUUAUGAAUUAUUUGGAAGAAAAAAAGUAAGCAAAUUAAAAUGUUCAAAUAAAAAUGAAAUAAAUAAUUCCAAUAAAGAAAUUAACAAAGAUUUUGAAAGUGUUUUAAAAGUUGAAAAUUUAAUGAAAACUUGUAAUAAUUAUUGUGAUUAUAUAAAAUAUGCACACCAAAUGGAUUUUUUAACUGGGAAAAUUAUUCAUAUUAAUGAAAAUGAUGAUUAUAUAAAUGUAUAUGAUGUAAAUUUAUUAAAAAAAACAUCAAAAAGUAUCGAAAAUAAUUUAUUAAAUGGUAAUAUAUUGUUACUUCUUGAAGAUAUUAAAAUAGCAACAUCGCCAAGAAUAAAAGCUAUUUUUCAAGAAAAAUAUUAUUGUAAAACUUAUUCAACACCUCAUAUUAUUAUAACUACUUUUAUAAAUAAUGUUAUGAAUGGAUUAAAUUAUAUAGAAAAUUAUGUAAAGGAACGUAAAGAAAAAAAUGAAAAUUAUUUAUAUUCUGACGAAUAUUUAAUAAUUAAAAAUAAUUUUAAAGAUAUAUUUAGACAAUGGGGUAAUACUGCUUUAUUUUUAAGUGGAGGUGCUAUUUUAGGAUUACAUCAUUUUGGUGUUUUAGAAGUUUUUUUGAAAUCUUCAAUUAACAUUGAUUAUUUUAAUGAAUAUACUAAUGUAAAUUUUAAAAAUAAAAAAAAACAAUAUAUGGAAGAACGUCAAGAUAAUGAAGAAAAAUUUACAAAUAAUAAAUAUGAAACAUUUUUUGAAAAAACAAACACUACUAUAUAUAGAGAUGCCUGUGAUUUUAAUGAAAUUGAUAAAAAAAAAAAAAAAAAAAAAUUAAAUACAAAUAAACUUUUAAAAAUCAAAAAAUUUCUUUUAAACACUAUAGCAUAUGCAGAUCAAGAAAUAGAACAUUAUGAUAAUUUCAAUUACGAUUCGUGUAAUUGUGAUGAUUCAGAUGGUAGUAUUUCAAAUAGUAAUGCAAAAUAUGAAUUUUCAAAUAAUCAUACAAACAGUUUUAUAAGGUUAGGGAGUUAUACAGAAAAAUGUGGAAUACAUGUUAAAAAUAAUUAUAAAUAUAUUAAAAGCCAAAAUGAAAUAAAUAUUAAGCAGGAAAAUAAUGCAAAUAUUAAAUCCGUACGAAAUAAAAAUUUUAAUAAUAAUAAAUCGAAGCGGCAUAUAAUUGAUAAAAACUGUUUUAUAGAUGACAAUGAUAAUAAUAUAUUACCACAAAUAAUAUGUGGAACAUCUGCUGGAAGUAUAAUUGCUGCAUGGAUUUGCUCAAGAACAAAUAAAGAACUACUUGAAGAAUUUAAUAUCGAAUUUAUUUAUAAAAUUGUUUCAUGUUUUUCUUCAGAAAAAUUAUUUUAUUCUUUUUUUAAUAUUUUUAAAAAAGGAAAUUUUUAUGAUAUGGAUAAAAUAAUAAAAUUAGUUUAUGAUUUAUAUGGUGAUAUGACAUUUUUAGAAGCUUUUAUAAAAACUAAUUUAGUAUUAAAUAUUACUGUAACUAGAGCUGAAUCAGGAAAUGAUAUUUUUACAUGUGAUGAAGAUGGUUGUUUAGUAUUAAAUUAUAUGAACUCACCAAAUGUUUUGAUUUAUACUGCCGUUUUGGCUAGCUGCUCUUUUCCAUAUUUAUUACAACCAUUUAAAUUAUUAGAAAAAAAAUAUAUUAAAGAAAAUGUGUAUAAAUUUAUAUCAAUUAAACAAGUAUAUAAUUUAAAAUAUAUAUUAAAUAGCAAUAGUGCAUAUAAUAAAAAAAUAUCGAUAAAAGGAAGUCAAGAAAGUCAUGAUAUUAUGGGAAGUAAUAAAUCGGACAAUGAUGUUGAUAUUAUAAAUAAUACUGAAAAUGUGGAAGAAGAUAAAAUAGAUACAUAUAAUAAUAAAGGUAAUAAAAUUUUAGAAAAUAAUAUUAUUAACAACAUUAACAAAAACGAUCAGGAUUGUUAUAAUAAUUUAUAUUAUAAAGAAAACACAAAUGUCGACAUAAAAUUGGAUAAUGAAACUCUCUUAACAUUUGAUAAUACAUAUAUUGGAAAUAAAGAAAAUCCAGAUUUAAAAAAAAAUAUAAAAAAAAGGAAUAUAAAAAAAAUAGAUUCUUUAGAAAAUAACGAAGCUAAUAUUGAAACUUCCAUUUUUAAUUCUACUACAGAAAAAAAUAAAUUAUUAGAUCAUCAAAAAGAACACGAAUCAGACAUAAAUUCUGAACAAAUAAAAAAUGAUAAUAAACUAUCAAAUUCUCAAAUCAAAGAAACUUUAAGUUUUAAAUUUAAUAAUAUUCGUAACAAAAUGAUGAUGCUGAAAUCAGGGAGUUUAAAUAUAAGUAAAGAUGAAAAAAAUGAAAACUUAAAAAAAUGUAAUAGUGAACUAAUUGAUUUUAAUGAAUAUAAAAAUAUCGAUUUAUUAAACGAAGAAUAUACAAUAAUAGAUAGUGUGCAAUUUAAAAAUAUGUAUUUUCAUGAUGGUUCAUUAAAAAGUGAUAUUCCAGCUAGAAAUUUAAAUCAAAUUUUAUCAGUUAAAUAUAAAAUUGUAUCACAAGUAAAUCCACAUAUCUUUCCUUUUACGGGCGUUCGAGUACAUGGUGAAGCUGGAAAGCCAGUUAAAUGGAGAGGAAGUUCGGGGCGAUGGAGAGCUGGAUUUUUAAUGUCAUCGAUGGAAAUAUUAUUUAAGGAAAAUGUCAGAUAUAUUCUGAGGUUAAUGGCCUUAUUAGACAUAUCACCAACAAUUAGGGGUUUGAAUGCAGGAUCUAUAGCAAUGCAAAGAUACCAUGGUGAUAUAACAUUACACCCCAACCGGCUAUUUUUGAAACAUUUUAAAUUGAUAAGUGUAUCGAGCUAUGAUGAUGUAGAGUGGUAUAUACAGGAAGGAAGACAAAUGACUUUUCAAAAAUUACCAUUAAUUAUGAACAGAAUGAAAAUUGAAAAGAAAUUGAUAAAAGUGAAAAAAUGUUUUUUUUAA